AAGUCAUAUUAGUUCCACCUCUAAACCGUAAAAGUGCUGGAAAGGUAUUUUUUUUGGGUACAUUUUAUAAAUAUUGCAUAGUUAAACUCGGUUCUACGGUCCACUUCCCGUGAUUUGUGCGCCAACCAAGUGGAAGAGAGUGGGGCAGUUGAUCUGCGAAGGGAUAACGCUGGAGCCCACAGUUUGCAUGCAUUGCACUUAGUUUUUGGGUGAUUGGUUGGCGAGGCGAGGAACAACCUGUGGCAGCCAGCGACAGGAAACGGCAGGACAGGAUUUGACCCCAUUAAAUCCAGAUUCCAGGAUGAGCUGCUUUAGUGCGAUGAGUGCCCCGCUGCUGGGCGAGAUGGAGCAGACCAUCGGUAUGCUGGAGCGCGGAACCAUCGUGACCAAGUUGUAUGGGAAGCAGCGUCGUCCGGAUCGCCGCCACCUGAUGCUCAUCCGUGAGACGCGCCAGGUGAUCUGGGCCACGGUCGCCACCCAAACGCCACGCACCGACUACGAGGGCGCCAUACAGCUGCGGGAGAUCCGUGAGAUCCGGGUGGGCAAGCACUCCAAGGAGUUCAGACUCUUCGCCGACGAUUGCCAGCGCUUCGAGUCCAGCAAAUGCUUUGUCAUUCUACACGGCAGUCACUUCAAGCUGAAGAGCUUCUCGGUCGUGGCGCUGUCGGAGAUUGAGGCCGAUAAUUGGGUGCGGGGGCUGCAGUAUAUGGUCAAGGACACACUGGGAGCACCCUAUACCCUGCAAAUCGAUCGCUGGCUGCGGCGAGAGUACUACCAAAUCGAGAAUGUCAACUCGCAUUCGGCCAAGGCGACGGAACAGUCGCCGGCACAGGUGACGAUCAAGGACUUCAAGCUCUUCCUGGCCGGCGUUAGCUGCAAGAUGACCACCGGCAAGUUCAUGGAGCACUUCACCGAGGAUGUGCGGCGCAAGCACGACCUGAAGUUCGACGAUUUCUCGCGACUGUAUCAGAAGCUGCUGCUGCCCAACGGCUUUGCCAGCAAUCUAUCGGGUUCAGGAUCUAGCGGGGCUAACUUUCCAUACUCGGAGGACCAGCAGGUGGUACGACCGGCGGAGCUUAAGCAGUUCCUGGAGUCGGAGCAGCGCGAUGUGAGCGCCUGUGAGAUCAGUAACGCAGCCAUUGCCUCGUUUAUACGGGACUUUGUGCAGGAUGUGGAGCGGGAUGUCCAGGAGCCGUAUCUGACCUUCUCGGAGUUCGUGGACUUUCUGUUCUCCAAGCAGAACGACCUGUGGAACAGCAAGUACGACUCGGUGUUUAUGGACAUGAACCUGCCACUGUCCUCCUACUGGAUCGCCUCGUCGCAUAAUACCUACCUAACCGGCGAUCAGUUCUCCAGCGAAUCCUCCUGCGAGGCCUACGCGCGCGCCCUUCGCAUGGGCUGUCGCUGCAUCGAGCUGGACUGUUGGAAUGGCCCGGAUAACCUGCCCUACAUCUUCCAUGGCCACACGAUGACCUCCAAGAUCAAGUUCAUGGACGUCAUCAAGACGAUCAAGGAUCACGCCUUCACCACCUCCGAGUAUCCGGUGAUACUCUCCAUCGAGCAGAACUGCUCCCUGGAGCAGCAGCGAAACAUGGCGCAGGCCCUGAUCGAGGUAUUUGGGGACACGCUGCUUUCGCAACCUUGUGACCGAAACGAGCAACACUUGCCGUCACCAUACCAGUUGCGUCGCAAGAUAAUCCUCAAGCACAAGAAGUUGCCGCAGUUCGACGAUAUCAGCAAUGGGAUUUCCGGCACCGGUUCGCUGGGCCAUAGAUCUUCGCUGGGCGGAGCGGGCGGUGGGGAGAACGAUGGCGAGAAUGUGCGCAAGGUGUUCAAGGAGGGAUUGCUGUACUUUAAGGAUCCGGUCGAUAAGUCCUGGAACCUGUAUCAGUUCGUCCUGACCCACCAGGAGCUCAUCUACUCAUCCGAGAUCAACGAGACGCGUAACGGAAACUCCGAGGACGAUGACUUUGGACUAUCCUCGUCGUGUUCGCUGAACAGCAACAUGCAGCAAAAACAGAAGGAUGCAUCGGCCAACGACGAGCUGCACUUUGGCGAGAAUUGGUUCCAUGGGAAACUGGAAGGUGGCAGGAAGGAAGCAGACGAUCUACUAAAGCAGUAUAAACAUUUUGGCGACGGAACAUUUUUGGUACGCGAAUCAGCCACUUUUGUGGGCGACUAUAGUCUCUCUUUUUGGCGCCGAAAUCGACCGAAUCACUGUCGCAUUAAGCUGAAGCACGAGAAUGGUUCAAUCAAGUACUAUUUAGUGGAGAAUUUCGUGUUUGACUCCCUAUACUCCCUGAUCGUUUACUAUCGAAAGAAUAUGCUGCGAAGCUCGGAGUUUUCGAUUAUACUAAAGGAGCCUGUGCCACAGCCAAAAAAACACGAGGAUCAGGAGUGGUUCCACCCAAACACCACUAAAGAGCAAGCGGAGCAGGGCCUAUAUAGACUCGACAUCGGUUCGUUUCUCGUCAGGCCGUCGGUGCAGAGCAUUAACGCCUUCGUCAUUUCGUUUACGAUCAACCGGAAGAUCAAGCACUGCCGCAUUAUGCAGGAGGGUCGUCUGUACGGCAUCGAUACGAUGAAUUUCGAGUCCCUCGUCUCGCUGAUCAACUACUAUACGCGAAAUCCGCUCUAUCGCAAUGUCAAGCUCAGCCAUCCGGUUUCUCAGGAGCUGCUGCGUCAGGCGCUGGCGGAGAGCGCCCAGGGCGAUCACACUGGCCACGACGACAACGGGGCAUCCAAUUACAUGGGCUCCAAUCUGGAGGAAUAUGUCACCUGCAAGGCCCUCUACAGCUACAAGGCAAACAAGCCGGACGAACUCUCGUUCCCCAAGCAUGCCAUCAUCACAAACGUCCAGAGGGACAACUCGAUGUGGUGGAUUGGGGACUACGGUGGAAUGAUAAAGAAGCAUCUGCCGGCAAAUUAUGUAAAGGUUAUUGAUUCUGCUACCGAGGACUACAACUCGUUAAACGAGGACGGAACCGAUGGGCGCACUGACUCCAUAGAGAUAUUCGGAGCUGUGGCCUCGCUUUUCGAGUCCAACGACCCGGGGAUUAUCUUCAAGCUGCAGAUACAAACGCCAACGAUGCAGAAUCCGUUUGUGAUCGGCUUUGACAACCAGGAGACGGCCUACGAGUGGAUAAAGGCCAUCCAGGAGGCGGCCCUAAUCGCCAGCCAACUGGCCACGGAGCGACGGAAAAAGGAGCGCACUGCCCGGGUGGCCAAGGAGAUGUCCGACCUGAUCAUCUACUUCCGCAGCGUGCCCUUCCGCGAGCACUCGUGGAUAUUCCAGGAAAUGUCCAGCUUCCCCGAAACAAAGGCGGAAAAGCAAUUCUUGCAGCAGAACACACAGCUAUUUCUCUCCUACCAUCGCAAUCAGAUUAGUCGAGUGUACCCAAAGGGACAGCGCUUGGAUUCGUCAAAUUUUAAUCCGAUGCCUUUCUGGAAUAUCGGAUCACAGAUGAUCGCACUGAACUACCAGACGGGAGACAGGGCCAUGCAGUUCAAUCAGGCCAAGUUCCGGAACAAUGGCCAAUGUGGCUAUAUCCUGAAGCCGGCAUUCAUGAAGUCGGAAAGCUUCCAACCCAACAAUCCCCUGUGCGAUGGUUUUGGCGGGGUGAAAGUUACCAUUCGCCUGAUAGCCGCACGUCAUCUAUUUCGUGGCGGCAAAUCGAACAAUCCACAGAUCGUGGUCGAAAUAGUUGGCGCCAGUUACGAUACGGGCGUCAAGUAUCGCACCAAAGUCAACGAGAACGGAUUCAAUCCGGUGUGGAAUGAAUCGUGCGAGUUCAACGUGCGCAAUCCGCAAUUCGCGAUCCUUCGCUUUGAGGUCCAGGACGAGGACAUGUUCGCCGAGACGCACUUCAUCGCCCAGGCGUGUUAUCCGCUGACCUGUGUUCGCCAGGGCUAUCGCAGCGUCAUUUUGCGAAAUAAGUUUAGUGAAGAGCUGGAAUUAUCGUCUUUACUGAUCAACAUCAAGAUCGCCAAUGCCACUUCCCCGUAGUCGGAUUAUAUAGUUGGUUGGUGCACUGGACCGUAGAUGCGUUAUGAGUGCAAGCAAUGAUUCCAAGUCUGCAUGUAUGUAUAAGUAAAUGGGAAAACCAAUUGUUUACCUGAAAGAAUGCAAAGCUA